CACUCUCCAGCGCACAUUCACGCCUGCCCUCAGACACACCGCAACACUUGCCUCAACAGCCGCUUCGCUCUCAAGCCACCGUGCGUACGCGUGCAAUCAUCACGACACCAAAACACUGCACUUACAGCAACAACCCGCCAAAAAAAAAAAGAAAAACUAAAGCCAAAACACUUUGUCUCUCACUCCAACAAAAGGACCGAAACAUAUUUCGUCUCUUGUGAAUGAUGCCGAGAGAAAAGGCAGCACUCGGACUCCCGACCCCAUCCUAGAAAGUAGCAGAUGUUACAGAAGAGGGGAGGCGGAGAGAGGAACAAAAAAAAUCCCCCCUACCCCUCCUUCUCUCAUCCCAGAGAACAAUACUCAGCCUCCAGUUGGAGAGGGUCAGCUUUUGUCCUUCUCCCCACGCUCCUGCUCUAGAGACAAGAGCAGACCGACGCGCUGACACAUUGACCUGCUGCUGCCAGAGGAGUGAAGCCGGUGUGGAACAGUUACUGGACUCAGCACGGAUCGCUUCAGUACUUGGACAGCUCCGCAACGACAACUGCUGAGCGCUUCCAUGUGUGAGUAGACGCUGUCCGGCAAGGCAGACGCUUUAGUCUGGGGGAGCGCACAUGGAGCCCCCCUGUUCCUUUCAACUCGGUCCCUGUGGCCCCCCUCCAUCCCUGGGCUCGGAGCGCAGCACCGCCAGCCUCCAGCAGCUGGAAGAGAAGCAGCUCUUUGAGAAGUUUUGGAAGGGGACUUUCAAAGCUGUGGCCACCCCAAGACCGGAGAGUGUCAUCGUGGCCAGCAUCACUGCCCGCAGGAGGGUGACUGACUUGGAGACAACAGCAUGCCAACCGCUCAAGCCUGACGAGAGGAAAACAGCAGAUUCAGGUGACAGAGUGGACACCGCCCACAGAAAUGGCUGCAGCAGAGGAAAAGGACGCAAACACCACAGUCAUCGCAGGGUCCGGAGCCCCUCCUUUGAUGAGGAGCUCUCCCCUCGACCCAAGGGGAAGAAGAAGAAGAGAAAGUCCGAGCGGAAGAGGAAAAGGAAAAGGUCUCCUUCUCACAGCCUGUCGCCGCUGAGAAAGAAGAAAAAGAAGAAGAAGAAGAGUUCCAAGAAAAGCAAGAGGCAUAGGUACACAUCCAAAAAGUCCAAACACAGCUCUUCAAGUUUAAAACAUAAGAGGAAGGAUGAACGCAAGCACAAGAAAAGUUCGCGGACUCACUCCCGACGAAGGCGACGCUAUCGGAGGUCAGAGUCGGAUGCUUCCUCCUGCCAGUCUUCCACAGAGGACAGACACCAUCUGCAAAAAUCUGUGGUGCAUCAGGCAUUUGGAGACCUGGCAUCGGUUGAAGAGGAAACCACCACAGUGUUCAACCAAACGGGCAUGAAGUGGAGACCUGCAACCAAAUCAGUGUGUAAAACGGCUCCAAAAUAUCGCUCCAUCCUCUCAACUGGCACCAUCUUGUCAUCAAAACCUGUAAGCGAGCUUUUACAAGAAAAAGAGUCGCACCAUUUAUCGAGCCAGACUGAGGCCCCCCACGAUUACGAUUCUGGGAAUGACACAUCUUCACCGCCAUCGAGCAAAACUGGCGUUUCUCGGGCAAGUGUCACUGAAAUCAAGAGGAACCACUGUCAGCGUCUGGCCACUGACAGAGACAAUGCCUCUGAUUCUGGAAACUCUGUCACCAGCUACGCUUCUUUGUGCAAACCGUACAGGGAGGAAAGCUUGUCUGCAACCCUAUUCAGCGGAAACAGCAAGAGGGACCAGAUAACCUUGGGGUGUCGGGUAGAGGUGGUGAGAUCUCCAAAGACUUCCAGCUGUCCACAAAGACUGAGCAGAGCUUCUCGGAGACGCCUAAAAAACAGGACGUCCAGCAGCAGCCGGAGCAGGAGCCGAUCCUCGGGGAGUUCCAGAUACUCAGGACGUUACUCUAGGAGCCCGACACUGUCAUCCUGCAGCUCAUACUCACGCUCACCAAGUUACACAGCCGAUCUGAGGCGAAGAGGCAGCGUGGCCAGCCUCAGCUCCAGAGGCAGCUACAGAUACAGCGUUGACAGACUACGAGACAGAAAGAGAACACCUAGCUCCAGAGAGUCAGACGCCAAGCAUGAACAUAAGGUUAGUGGGAAGAGACGAAGACGCAAAUCCUACUCACCCAUGAAGAAAAGAAGAAGAGACUCGCCAAGCCACCUGGAAGCACGCCGAAUCACAAGUGCCAGGAAGCGACCCAUCCCAUACUUCCGCCCCAGUCCAUCGUCCAGCAGCCGCUCCACCAGCGUGUCGUCCUGGAGCAGCCUCUUCACUCGCAGCCGCAGCCGGAGCCCGAUCUACAGCAUGAGCCGGAGCCGGAGCAGGAGCCGCAGCCACAGUUACUCCUCCUACAGGAGCUACAGCCGCAGCUCCUCCUGGAACUCCAUUUUUGGGACCCGCAGUCGGAGCCGGAGCGCUGGUUCAUUACACAAACGCCACAAAACCAGACACUAGAGCUCAUUAAGGAACUGUAAAGACCUGGAGGGUUUUUUGUUUUUUUCUGUGGAGGAUAAUGGAUGUCAGAGCAAUCGACGCUCUGACUUGAAGCCUGAGUGGAAAUGUCCCAGCAGGGGUCCGAACAUCGAAGCAACCGUGUUGGCUCUCCCUACAAAGACCGCUGGAGACCGGAUAUCUUCUUUUUUUGUUCAUUUGCUUUGUUCGUGUACAUCCUCUUGCAUCAGCACUUGCAAUGGCCUGAGACUGUUCAUCUUUUAACAUAUUUACGACGGGAAAAUGCACACAAGACAAAAACACUUUGGUUGGCUAACAUCACACUUUAAUCUUUUAUGUGGAUUUUCUGCCAAUUUAUAGUUUUCAGCAAGGCUUUAAAAUUGUAUACCAGUUUCAAUAUUGUUCUUGGAGCUUGAAAUAUGCUCAAAGCAGGGUUAAAAUGGACUUUUAUUGCCGAGGCCAAUGUGACACCAGACAUUUGUUGGACAUUCUACUGUGGAGAUGUGUACAGUUAACAUUGGGGCCAUUUGAUUCAUAUGUUUACAAAUGGCUUCAGAGGGAUCAUUAUCAGGAAUAAGGACAGGUUUAUAGCUCUGAUCUUUGCACUUCACAAAGUGGAGAACAGACGCGUUUCCUAUGAAAAAUGAAACGGCGAGGGUGGCCUGACGGCUGAGCAAACUGCCUGUCAGCUCAAAUGUCAAAUUAAUUUAUCCUCUGAUCAAGUGGAAAACAAUUGAAAUGUCAGUCCGUGUAAUACAACAGAGACGGAUUGAAACAUCUCGCAGGGACGGGACGGGGGGGAUUUCUUUUGACAAAACCUUCACAAUGUCAGAGGAGGUAUUUUUUUCCUUGAGUCGAUGCUUAUUUGUUUAGGGAAAAACAGUCGUUGAAGAGAUAACUGUAAUGAAUAUUUUAUCUAAUUUAAUGCUUAAACGGUCCUCUUGGGGCUGUGUUUCAUUUGUGGUUAGCUGAUGUUUAAUUGAAGAAAGUAAAAACCAAAAUAAGAACUUGAAUUUCACUCGGUUGCAUGAAGCAGGAAAAAAAAGGCAAGACUGAAAAAUGUGAAAAAGCAGUGAUUCUUGAUUUCUAUGACCUGAUUAAUAUUUCUUUUUUUUCCCCACCACACUGGAACCAGACACAUACCAAACAUACUGUAUAUCAGCUGCUGUUUGUUUUGUUCUGUUUGUGUGUUAAAAUACCAGAGAGGUUCUAGUUUGGAAAUGUGCAGAAUCAUACAUAUUUAUUGCUUAUUUAAUAUUUAUUGGGUGUUAUUUUUAUUUUUUUAUUUUUAUUUUUUUUGCCCUCUCAGUAGUGGUCAAUCUUUCUAUGCAACGCUGUCAAUUCACCACGAUGACACUGCUGUAAUUUAUUUUUGAUAUAUCGUAAAUUAUUCCUCGUGUUUUGCAGCCUCGCUCGCGACGAAACCUCAGCUCAGAAGCACAUAUUCAACAGACGGAAUGACAGAAAGGAGUCUUCCAGUCGGACCUUUUGUUUUCUGUUGUUUUUUUCUUUUCUUCUCUUUUCUUUUCUUUUGGAAGAUGCUAAAUUUAGAGGCAGGUUUUGACUCCAGAGUUUCAAACUUUUUGCAGCCUUUCCAUAGUAUAAUUAAGAGGGUUAUAUUUCUGUAUCAUCUCAAAUCCAUCAUCCUGUCUGUGUAACUGCUCCAGGCCUGACAGACUGCUCUCUAUGCACUCAAUACUCGCAGCUUAUUUCCCUGAAUGUCAAGUAAAUUGGACGAAUGAGGGAAAUAUGACACCGGAAAAGGAAGGAACCCGGCACAAAAAGUCAUCCAUAAAGUACGAGUUGAUGAUGACUUGUGUCUACCAGUGUUGAUUGUGUGUCAGAAGAGGAUUUGUGCGGUCAUAUUGUUGACAAACUCUGCAGAUGGGCCUCAUCCUUCAUCUCACUAUGUAAAGUUUACACGAGUUCUUGUGCAAAAAUAAUUUUAAAUAUGUAACUACUGUGGUGUAAAUAUGCAUCUGAAUGGUAUCGAUUCUACACAUGGCGUGAUUAUUUAAUUUGCAGAAUGUGAUAUGGGCCUUGUUGAUGUUUUAACUGACUAGUGUUGGUAUGUCUAUGAUGCAAUGACCAGUCAAUGAGGAGAAGAAGACAUUAGGGAUCGCUCAGUGGAUCCCUUUGAUCACAUGUUUUAUUCAUUUUUAAACUCCAAUAACAAGGUCAUAGAGCAAUAGUGAACCAGUGUUUUGGUGUUAAAUUAUGCAUACUUCCCCUCGUUUUCCAUACCAAGGAGCAUAUUGCAAAAGCAUAUGUUUUUCACACUGUCACAUUUUAUCUGUGUCGGUGUGAACUUGUAAUAAUGUGUCACUUGGAAAUUAAAUUGUCCCUGCCAUAACCCCAUGAAAUCAACUUCCCCACACAUUCACUACGUGUUCAGAAUAAGCUAUAUAAAACCCUGUUCUCAAUAACA